CCCGGCGCCCAGCCCGUGCGGCCGCGGCGGAACGGGCGGGGCCGCGCCGCGUUCCGGUUCCGCUGCGGGGCACGGCGGGAAGUUGGAGGAGGCCAUUAGGGGUGUAGAGUCACAGAAAGGCAAACAUGUCGAUUGGGGUGCCAAUUAAAGUCCUGCACGAGGCUGAGGGCCAUAUUGUGACGUGUGAGACCAAUACAGGGGAAGUUUACCGAGGCAAACUUAUUGAAGCUGAAGACAACAUGAACUGUCAGAUGUCCAACAUAACGGUGACAUACAGAGACGGGCGUGUGGCCCAGCUGGAGCAGGUGUACAUCAGGGGCAGCAAGAUACGGUUUCUCAUUUUGCCAGACAUGUUGAAGAACGCUCCGAUGUUGAAGAGCAUGAAGAAUAAAAACCAAGGUUCUGGUGCUGGGCGAGGAAAAGCAGCGAUUCUCAAAGCUCAAGUGGCUGCCAGAGGAAGAGGCCGUGGUAUGGGCCGUGGCAACAUCUUCCAGAAGCGAAGAUAAUUUUGGUCUUGACCGACAUGCUUUUUUAUUAGGGGGUAUUAAUUUGAUUACAUGUGCAUUGGUAUCAGUUUUGUUUAAUAAAUGUUUCUGACAAAAACUUGUCUGUUCUUACGUGACAGGACUCCUCAGGCAAAUAUGUCGUAGAUUGAUUUCAAGUUCAAAAUAGCUUUGUCUGGAAAACAGUGGACUUUAGGUUUUGACUGCUUUGGGUUUCUGUGAUGCAUUGACUUUUAAAGAUAUUGAUGUUUCCUUUUGUGUUCAGUCCUGUUGUCGUUCAUUAUCUAAACAAUGAGAAGGCAUUUGUGAUGAGGACUCUUUAAAUAGUAUGUUUGAAAGUCCUAUUAGCAGCUGCAUUUAUGGAAAAUCCAGCAAAACAGAAGCAGCUUCCUGAGAAGCAAAGCACUGUCUUUUUUUUGCUUUCUAUGGACCUACACUAGAGAGAGGCUCAUCCUCAGAUCUGUGCAUUGAGCUUAUAUUUUACUAUCUCUUUAUUUUUCUCUUUGACACAGGGAGAGUUUUUCAGUAGGAACACAACUUUGAUAGCCUGAGUCUGUAUUUGCAGUGGAAAGUUCUAACUCUUGGUUGCAUUUCCCUCUGCCUGGGAGAAGAGGACAGAAUAAUAAGAUAGCUGUUUCCAAGGAUAAAUUUGAAAUGUUUUGUGAGUAUGAAGGGUAGUGCAGAUGUAUGGGGAAAGUCUUAUAAAUAGUUAUCCAUUAAAUACAACUCAUUACAAGUGCUAAUCUUUUGGACAAAAUUUAGAUCAACUUUAGUGUUUGGUCUCAACAUCUACCCACAGUAGUACAGAUCAUAUGUUGAUCUGCAGGAAGCCAAAUGAGAGCUGUAGCUUUAUUUUGCUGAAGGUAUAGGCUGGUUGUUCUUGCUGAUUUAAGUGCUUCAAAUGUUUAAAUGUAACACUCUGUACCUAAUCACAUACCUGCAAACAAUAAAUUACUAGUCUGUACAUGUAGGAAA